ACUUGCUCAGUCGCCAGUGCUCAGUGUCGAUCGGACCGCGUGCCUUGCAGUUCGUGUUUUCGUUGUUGCGUCGGUUUGUACGUUCGUUUCGUCCUGGCAGGCUUUUUACUUUAUUAAUAGUGUUUUUAAUAUCAAUCGCCGUCGACCAGUCCAAACACUUAUUUUCUGAGAGCUAUGCUUGAUAUGAUGAAUAAAAUGGCCGAACUCAAGUUCGAAGCGCCGCUGGCGCAGUUCGAAGAAUCGGACGAAUGGACAAAAAUUAUGGACGAUGACUCGCCGCUACAGUCGGCCAAACACAAUCUCCAUAAUCACCAUCAUCAACAGGGGAAUAGUCAACCGAUUUCCGGUGGUAGCGUACGUGACGCAGAUGAAGAACAAUUGGACAACAUGCUGAGCAACAAUAGUAGAGCCCUGGAACCUGCUAACAAAUCUUCGUGCAUGCAGUGUGGAGCGAACAACAACAAUGUCAGUGUGGAAGUGACGACAUCGGACACAGACAAUUUUGGCGAGACAUUUAGCGGGUCCCUGGAAGAUCUCGUGCACACGUUCGAUGAUAAAAUAACCAGAUGCUUUUGCGAUUAUGAGGAAUCUGUAGAGAAAUUAGCACCGGUUCAGAUCAGGACUCAGGAAGAAAUAAUGAAUGAAUGCCAAAUGUGGUGGACAAUCACAGGCAACUUUGGCAAUAUUCUUCCUAUUGAUUGGUCCAAGUCAUAUGCACGCAAAGUUCAACUUCCAGUACUCAAUUUAAAUAACAACAUUCAAGACGAAUCCUCAGAUGACCUUAGCAGUGAAGAUGAAGCUGUUUCAAACGAUUUAGAUUUGCAUACUUUGAUAUUGUCCGGUCCCAGUGCUGAUAUUGAACCUCCAACUGCUGAUGAAGUGAUUAGAGAAAUUGAUGAUAUAAUGGAAGAGGGAACUUCAAAUGACUGUACUCCAGACUCUGAACAUCAUAAGGAAGUUCAUUCACCAUUGCUAGAAGAAAAAUUAAAAACAUUGAAUGUAUCUCAACUUAAUGAAGUUUACAUGGAACUAGAGUUGUUGAUCAGAGACUAUUCUGAAACAUUAAUUACAGAACUGGCCUUAAGGGAUGAGUUGGAGUUUGAAAAAGAAUUAAAAAAUUCAUUUAUAUCACUGUUAUUGGCUGUUCAAAAUCGAAGGAGACAAUAUCAUGUAGAAAAAAAACGGAAUUCAAGAGCAGGAAAUGCAAAUAAAAAUGUAACAAAUGAGCCUAAAUAUUUAACCACUGUCAUACCAUACCAUUUGGAUAAUGGACCUUUAAGUAAUCAGGCACUUCAAGUUCUCAUUAAAAUUUUAAAAGCAAUAAACGAAGACAGUCCCACAGUCCCAACAUUACUAACAGACUACAUUCUUAAAGUAUUGUGUCCCACAUAAUUGAAAAACGGAUCAGUAAAGUGAUAUGAUCAACUGCACUCUAAACUCUACGUGAUACAACUUAUUUAAAAUUAACUUAUUGUGGCAUAAUUCGUAGAUUUUUAGGGUAAUAAUUUAUUAUAAGUUCUACUUGAGGUAUAUUAUGUAGAUAUUUUUAUUAAAUUAAAAACAUUUUACUUGUAAUUUACAAUAGUAUUUCUAUAAUAAUAACUCUACAAAACAUUUUUCU